AUAUACCAUAUGUACUUGGAGCUUCUAUUUAAAGCCUUCUCAUCUCUCAUUGACUAUCCUAGAUAUUACUAGAGGAUUCAUUAUUUUUUGGGUAUAUUUAUCAUACCGACAUUGACGUAUAGAAUAGGGCAUGGGUAUUUUGAACUUUGAUCGUUGAGCAAUGCAAAUGAGACUUAAUUGGCUUGAUCUACUUUUGUCUCGUGAAUGAGUAUUUCGUGCAAAUAAUAUUUAUUCUCUCUGUAUGUGUCAUAGGUAAAGUGUGUGUGUGUGUGUGUGUGUGUGUGUGUGUGUGGGUGGGUGGGGGGGUGGUCCCACAGACUAUUUUGAGAUAUUAUUUAAUGGUGUAGUGCAUAUGAUUUCGAAAUAAUAUAUACAUAAAUUAUCAUUACAAAAAACAUUCUCCUUUUGUAACUGGCGAGAAAGUUUGUAGUGAGGCAGGAGUCUUUUGUGUAUAUACAAUCUGCCAAAAAAUGUAACAUACAUGCCUAACAUAUUUUCCUUGCGGCAUCAAAUACAAUAGUUUGUAUGGUAAGCGCUUUUGUUAAAACCCCCUAUAACUCACUUCUAAAGCAUUUUUUUUUAAUUCGUAAUGGACAGGUAAAGGGUGCAAUCCUGAAAUUUUUUGACAGCAACAAUGGGGAAGAAAAGAGUAGCAAUCAUCGGUGCUGGGGCGAGUGGACUGACUGCAAUCAAAAGCUGUUUGGAUGAGGGUCUUGAACCAGUAUGUUUUGAAAAAUCUGAUAACAUUGGAGGAUUGUGGUAUUAUCGAGAGGAGAGGGAUGAUCAGGCAUGUGUCUAUAAGUCAACUGUUAUUAACACCAGUAAAGAGGUCAUGUGUUAUAGUGACUUCCCUAUUCCAGAUGACUUCCCAAACUACAUGCACAACAGACUUGUACUGAAGUACUACCAUCUCUUUUGUGACCGUUUUGAUCUUCGUAAGUACAUCCACUUUCACACUAAAGUAGAUUCUGCUGUCUUUGCUGAUGACUUCGAGGAAACAGGACAAUGGAAAGUUAAAACAACCCUUCAAGAAACUGGCAAGUCAGUAACUGAGAUCUAUGAUGCUGUUCUUGUAUGCACAGGACAUCACUGUACACCACACCUGCCAGAGUUUGAUGGAUUGAAGGACUUUAAUGGUCGAGUACUCCACACACAUGAUUACCUCACACCAGAAGGUUUUGAGAAUAAGCGCAUCUUGAUCAUAGGAGUGGGUAACUCCGGUUGUGAUGCUGCUGUUGAAUUGAGCAGUCCUGCAUCACAGGUCUACCUGAGUACUCGUCGAGGAAUGUGGGUUCUCCAUCGUUUGUUUAAUGGUCGUAUCUUUUUUCCUCAAAGAAUUUUUGAUGUUUUGCCUAAUUCAGUUAAGGAAAAGGCAUUCAGGUCUACUGUAGAGAGUAGGGUGGAUCACAAGUUUCUUGGUAUCCAACCUGAACACUCAUUGCUAGCUCAACAUCCGACUGUCAAUGACUUUCUCCCAAACUGUAUUGUAAAUGGAUCAGUCAUCAUCAAACCGGAUGUCAAGCGCUUCACAUCAACAGGUGUCGUGUUCCAAGAUGGAACCACUGAAGAUCUUGAUGUUGUCAUCCUCGGAACUGGGUACCUAUUUAAAUUCCCUUUCCUUGAAGAUUCUGUGAUCAAAGUAGAGCAGAAUAAGUUACCACUCUACAAGUAUGUGUUUCCAGUUAACCUUCAGCAUCCCACCAUUGCGUUUUUAGGGUACAUCCAACCAUUAGGUGCCAUCAAUCCCAUAUCUGAGAUCCAAGCAAGAUGGGCUACAAGAGUGUUCAAAGGUCUUACAAAGCUACCUUCAUCAGAUCAAAUGAAAGCCGACAUGAUGAGUAAAGAAGAAGCCAUGGCUAAACGUUACAUCUCCUCCCAACGUCAUACCAUCCAAGUUGAUUUCAUUAAAUACAUGGAUGAGGUGGCUCUAGAGUUUGGUGUAAAGCCAGAUUUCUGGAAGAUGUUACUCUCUGAUCCUGUCCUAGCUUUGAAGUGCGUCUUUGGUCCAUACACACCGUAUCAGUAUCGUCUGGUUGGACCUGGUCAAUGGAGCGGCGCCCGUGAUGCUAUCAUGACGAUCUCGGAAAGAGUCAACAAACCUUUACAGUCUAGGAAGGUACAGGUUUCUCAGAGUGGGAGUUUGUUGAACAGUUGGUUAUUUUAUGCUAUUGUUUUGUCAGUUGCUCUGUAUAUUCUUUGGCGUUAAGACUUAAAUCUCUUUGGGAAGUGACACAACUUGUAUCUUUCCUCCAUUUAAUAAACAAAUCAUCUAUCAUGACCAUCAAGACUUGAAAAAAAAAAGAAUGUAUUUACCCAUUUCAUUCCUGAAAUAAUGAAUAAAGUGUACCUUUGACAGACCUAAAUGUAUAUGACAUCAUAACGAUUUAUGGCAAAUGGGGUCACUUUGGUCAAUAUGAUGAGCCAUAUUUGGUAAAAGUAGGUCGUGUUUAAUGUCCACAUUUGAUAUAAUGGAGGAUGUCACUAAGUCAAAAAGGUCAUCAAUUUUUGUUAUAGCUUAAGUUUUGAGAUUUUAUUAUUCUGGAAAGACUUAAUACAUACAUUGUCUGCUUACUAUUUUGCAAUGUUUCAAAUGAAAAUUUGGUACAUAUAUGAUUCACCUAUUAUACAAAGUGCAUAUUACACAACACGGGAUAGGCUAAUUGGACAUCAGAUAAAAUGGUUUGUAGAUGGCCUGGUGUGGGACGAAAUAGAAGUAGACCAUGUGGAAUAAGAAGUAGCGGAAAGCAGAUGAUUCGGGUGUAGACCAUGUGACAAUUUACUGUGUAAUACGAAAGACAGCUAUUUAUUUAGGCCUAUUAAGCCACUCGCCCAGGUACAUCAGGAAAUGGCUGAAACGGAAGUGUGUCAGUUGUAGACAAAAUACAAAUUUUCUUUUGCUGUAUCCCUUCAUAUCCAGAUAUUGGUCUUGUGGAAAUUUGCUCUUACAUUUUUAAUGUGUACUCACAAAAUUUUGUAUAUAUAUCUCUACAUAUAUUUAUAUUGUUUUAUAAUGAUUAUAACAUAUGCAAUGUCAUUGUAAUACUUCCGUUUUGCUGUUGGAAAUUAAACAGACACAAAGUUGAACGAGAAUCUGAAUCACCCUUUGCUAGCUUUUAGAUAGGCAGGCUAUACCAGGACAUUUUCAAAAUUUGUGCAUAAUGAAAUGUGUAUGAUAUUAUAUAGAUUUCACUCUGUUAACCGUAGAUAUCACAUUUGACCAGUAAGUUCAUAUCAUCCUGGUUAUUCAGAAUUACAGUAAGUUAUCUAUAUUAUGGUGAUUAGACAAAACCUAUACCCAUAUCAUUAUAGUGUUUUACAUAGCUUUUCCAAGCACUUAUAAAAAAAGAAAAAAAGUAUGAAGCAAAAAAUUAUCGUAAUGUUCAUUUAUGAAAUCAUUUUUAUCUCAAUGAUCAUGAUAUUUGUAUACAGAUAUAGACCAAAUGGGUUUAGCUCAUGUGAUACUGGUAUUAGACCAACUGCCUGUGUACCAAGUGAAUAUAAAGCACAAGGAAAUGAAUAAUUGAUGCAUUGUUUUAGUAAGCCAAAGAACAUAUAUUGUUUGUUUUCAUGUAGCAUAUUCAUACUAAUGACUUUAUGUCAAUGAAUUUGUGGCAGUUUGAAUGUGUUCCUUAAUUUUUAAUUCCAAUUAAAUAUAUACCUAGCUGUGCAAUUAAUAUUACUUCUUUGGAAUACAAAAUUUCAAUUACCUCAGCAAAUUUGCACCAAAUCAGUAAUUACUAAAUUCGCAAUAAACAUUAUAGAUCAUAAUUUAUAUAUAUAAUCAAUAAACUAUAUAUCAUUGAUGUCC